GCCUAUCUUAAAGACGUAGGCAAGCCAAUUAUCUCGAAGCGACAAAGCAACUCUUUGCUAUGACUCAGAGUCUCUGUGCCGUGACAUGUCCGACGCAUGUGGAGAAGGGAGACUGUUAAAGGAAGAGCCGCAGACCUCUGAAAAGAGUAAAAGUUAUACCGUUGUUUCAGCUUGUCCAGGAAGACAUGGCCAAGUUAUUCCGAGCCGCUAUCAUGGGUCCGCCAGGAUCGGGGAAAGGAACCAUCUCCGAGAGGAUUGCGCAAAGUUUUGGCCUGCAGUAUCUGUCCAGUGGUCACUUUCUGCGGGAGGCCAUAGCAGCAAACACAGAGGCAGGUGUACUGGUGAAGAGCUAUGUAGAGAGAAGUGUGUUGGUGCCUGAUCCUGUGAUGACCACACUCAUGCUGCCUAGACUGGAACAGCUGUCCAACCACAGCUGGCUGCUGGAUGGCUUCCCUCGGACCCUUGCCCAAGCCCAGGCCCUGGACAGUAUAUGUCAGCUGGACCUGGUCAUCAGCCUCAACAUACCUUAUGAAACACUGAAGGAGAGGCUAAGUGACCGCUGGAUCCAUCCAGCCAGCGGCAGGGUCUACAACAUGGGCUUCAACCCUCCACGAGUUCAGGGCAGAGAUGACAUCAGCGGAGAGCCACUGAUUCAGCAUGAUGACGACAAGCCAGAAGCCCUCAUGGCCAGACUAAGGCAUUACAAAGAUGUGGCCAAGCCGGUCAUCGACCUAUACAAGUCACAGGGUAUCUUGCACUCUUUCUCAGGUACAGAGACAGACCGCAUCUGGCCAUACAUCAGCUCCCUCCUCAGCUCCAAGAUUUCCACACAGCCAUCAAACACCUGCCAAACUCCCACGCACUGAUAGAGCCCAAGCAGAGGCCACAAGUGACUGGUAACUCUUGGAUGCUGGUGGGAUGCUGGACCUAGAAGUCUAAAUACCCUUCUGACACUGUAGUUGACUUCGAAGCUAGAAUGAAGAUCGAAAGAGCCUAGUAUGUGUCUAUAUCUUGAUCAUUUUGUUCUUCCACCCAAGAGUACUUUUCGAGUGUAGGCAUGGUUAGACAUCUGGUCUGAGGGAGGCUUGUAGCCAAACGUGUCAAUCUGUGACCAAUGUGAGCAGAACGGGUUUCAGAGGAAAUAGGAAAUAAUCAUUGAUCAGUAAAUGAAAACCCAGACAUCAAACUUUCCCUUGAUGGAGUGCCACCUUAUCCUUCUUCAGGGAUUAUUCUAGUCUAUAUAGUGUAUUUUCUGUUUUCAAUUUUUUUUUUCUUGUUUGAAGAUUGCUGGAUGCUACUGUAGAUGGUAAUAGUCCAAGAUUCUGAAAAACAAAAAGGUCAAAGUGUAUUUUUUAUAUUAUUUUACUGUGCAAAUUUAACUUUACAGUUUAAAUUGAAGCAUCAUCUUCUGUUACAGCAGCAAUACUCUGAAAAUGCCCUUGUAAAGAGUUACUGAUAUAUUAUAAAUGUGUCUGCCAGUGAGGGUUGUGCAGAUGUGAAGCGUAUGGACAACCUUGGCAUCGCUAACCCUCAUUACUUUGAGUCACUGUGAAGCCACCGAGCCAAAGCAUAUUUCAGACAUAAGGCAUGACUUAUAUUAAAGAUAAGAUUUUUUUUUCAAGUUUCCUUGCUACAGUUAAAAACUAACCCUUUAAACCGUCGAUAUUAUAUUUUUUCAACCUCAUAGGGGUAAUAAUUUUUAAUUACUAUUUUCUAUGAAAGAGUAGCUUUUCUUCUAGGAUGGUAGAACAGACGGAUCUGAGAGAGACCAAUGGUAACAAGGAAAGAUAGCGACCAAUCCUGUUGGCCUGACCAUUUUGCAUGGAUAUAUGAGAAGUUUAAGUAUUAAGUAAGGGUACACAGGGGUCUUUAUAAGGAUGCAGAGAGCAGUCAUUUUGUCUGCAAAAGAGUUGGAAAUGGACAACUGGAACAAAGUUGAAUAACUGGGGGGAAAAAAAAGGGAAUGAAGUUGUCCUGAAAAAUAUCUCUUGGUUUUAGUUGUUGGCAAAUUGCCUUUACAUAGGCCUUUAUAUAUAUGUAUAUUUAAAUUUCUUACAUCUUUAACUAGGAUGUAGACCAUUCCAGGAAUAUCUUUGUCAUAUGUGUUGUAAAGAUGCUACGGCUCUCCUUACAUUUGGUUGGAAAGUUGGUUUUACAGAAAUUUACAUUCGUUGUACUGCUGCAACCGUUGUAAAGUAUUCUGGGUAUGCAUUAAAGCUGGGUGCCUGAAAUGUGAAUGUAAAAGCCUGCCCAAGUGCCUUAGAGAGAAGAGAUAUGAACAUCACCAAGUUUUGUUUUUAUUUUUUUUGCGUUGAGGAACAUCUUUUACACCUGCAAUCUAGUAGUGUAUGUGUUUUUUGGAGUGUGGAACCUAUUUUGCCGCCUGCACAACAGAUGAUAUACUUUUCCAUUGCUAAGCGAGCCUGGAGAUUCUACUGUGAGGGAAAUGAUCUUUUAUAGAGUGGAGCUGUGUAAAACCACACCCUACUGCUGUUGUGUAAUGCCACGCUGCAUUUUUUUUCUCAGCCCAUUUCUUUCCACUAUGCUGUCCCAACAUGUCACAGCAAAUACAAUAAAACUAUUUUC